UUAAGCAAAUUUGUAGACAUUGUGCACAGGGAAAGGCAUAUGGCUUCUUCCAUUAACAUCCCACCGUCCGCCGCCGCGACGAUCUCCUCCGCCGCCGCCGCCACGGCGGGGGCCUCCGCCUCUCCGUUUCUCUUUAAACCAAACCACAUCUUCUCCACCACCAGGAACAUCCACCACCGUCGCCACACAAUCUCCUGCAACUCUGACAACGAUCGACAACCAGUCUCGCCGGAAAAAUUCGACCGGAGAAAUGUGUUGAUCGGACUCGGCGGACUGUACGGCGCCAGCGCCCUCUCCACCUCUCCGUUGGCCUUCGCCGCCCCAAUAACUGCUCCCGACGUCACCAAAUGUGGCCCCGCAGACCUGCCGGAGGGCGUAACGCCGACCAACUGCUGCCCCCCGCCGACGGCGCAGAUCAUCGACUUCAAAUUCCCUCCGCCGCCGAAGAAACUUCGCGUCCGCCCCGCCGCCCAUUUGGCCGGCGACGAAUACAUCGCGAAAUUCAACAAAGCCGUUGAGAUCAUGCGCGCCCUCCCCGACGACGAUCCCCGGAGCUUUAAGCAGCAGGCGAACGUCCACUGCGCCUACUGCGACGGCGCGUACGAUCAGGCCGGAUUUCCCGACCUGGAGCUUCAAGUCCACAAUUCAUGGCUGUUCUUCCCCUUCCACCGCUACUAUCUCUAUUUCUUCGAAAGAAUCUUAGGCAAGCUAAUCGACGAUCCUAAUUUCGCCAUGCCGUUCUGGAAUUGGGAUUCUCCCGCCGGAAUGACGAUUCCGGCGAUGUACGCAAAUCCGAGAUCCGCCUUGUACGACCCCCUCCGCGACCGCGCCCACCAGCCGCCGACGGUCGUCGAUUUGAACUUCAGCGGCGGCGAUUCCGCCGCCGAUCAGAUAACGCAGCGGAACCUGACGACGAUGUACAGGCAAAUGGUGUCGAAUUCAAGGACCUCCCGGCUGUUCUUCGGCAGCCCUUACCGGCGGGGGGAGGAUCCGAAUCCGGGAAGCGGGUCGAUCGAGAAUAUUCCACACGGGCCGGUCCACGUCUGGACCGGCGACAGCAAGCAGCCGAAUUUCGAGAACAUGGGGAACUUCUACUCGGCCGGUCGAGACCCGAUUUUUUUCGCUCACCACUCGAACAUCGACCGGCUAUGGACCGUUUGGAAAACCCUCGGCGGUCGCCGGAAGGACAUCGACGACCGGGACUACCUCGACGCGUCGUUUGUCUUCUACGACGAGAACGCGCAGAUGGUGCGAGUCAAGGUCCGGGACUGUCUGGACCAGGGGAAAUUAGGGUACGUUUACCAGGAUGUGGAGAUCCCGUGGCUGAAUUCGCGGCCGACGCCGAGGAUUUCGUCGGCGGUGCGGAAGCUGAAGAAUCUCGUGAAGGCACGCGCGGCGGAUACGGCGGCGCGUGGUCCGAAGGAUGUUUUUCCGGCGAAGCUGGAUAGAGUGGUGAAAGUGAUGGUGAAGAGGCCGAAGAAGAAGAGGAGCAGGAAGGAGAAGGACGAAUUGGAGGAGAUUUUGGUGAUUGAGGGGAUUGAAGUGGACAGAGAUGUGUAUGCGAAGUUCGACGUCUUCAUUAACGACGAGGACGAUGAGAUCAGCACGCCGGACAACACAGAGUUCGCCGGAAGUUUUGUGAACGUCCCGCACAAGCACAAGCACACGAGGAAGAUCAAGACGCAGCUCAGGCUGUCGAUUACGGACAUUUUGGAGGAGCUCGACACCGAAGGUGACGACCAUGUUUUGGUGACUUUGGUUCCGACGAACUCCGGCGACGCCGUCACCAUUAACGGGAUUAAGAUCGAGCUUGACGACUAGGCGACGACGGCGGGCGGUGACGUGUCGGAUCAUGAUUGGCGUGAUUUUUUUACUGGCUUGGUCGGUUUGCUGUUUUUUUUUUUAAAAAAAAAUUGCUAAUUAUUAAUAAUAAUUAUUAUUAUAAUAAGGGCAAUAUUUAUAUCACGCUGUGACUUCAUUUUUUUUUUUUGUUUUAUUGUUGUUGUU